CAGCUUCUCAGAGUGUAGUCAUGUCUGGACGCGGCAAGGGCGGUAAAGGCCUUGGCAAAGGCGGCGCCAAGCGCCACCGCAAGGUUCUCCGCGACAACAUCCAGGGCAUCACCAAGCCCGCCAUCCGCCGCCUGGCCCGGCGCGGAGGAGUGAAGCGCAUCUCCGGCCUCAUCUACGAGGAGACCCGCGGUGUGCUGAAGGUGUUCCUGGAGAACGUGAUCCGUGACGCCGUCACCUACACGGAGCACGCCAAGCGCAAGACCGUCACCGCCAUGGACGUGGUCUACGCGCUCAAGCGCCAGGGCCGCACCCUCUACGGCUUCGGCGGCUAAUCCCAGGUCUCUGGCAUUGCAGAUCGUUGUUGUGGAUGACCUUCAAGAGAAAGACAGCUAGUUGGAACUCUUCCAAAAACUGGGCCUACCCUCAGCAUCUGUACUUCUUCUACCCUGAACCCCACCUACCACCCGAAGUCUUUGGCUGUAUUGUCAUGCUGCUGCAUUUAACGUUCUGAUACCUCUGGAAAAAUUGGUUGUCAGUCUGAACUUUGUGUCAUGGGUCUUUCUUUGACAAGUAUAUGGAAAUGAAUAACUGUUUGUUGCUGACAAAACAGAAUAUACCGUGCAUGAAUUGACAUCAGUAUGAGAAAGAGUUAUCUAUUAGAUAUUACAGGAUCAAAAUUAUGGAUAAUGUAAAAUUCCAAGAGCUUGCAAUACAUCCCCAGAUGUUUUGUCUAUUAAUGCAGUCAAAUAAUCAUAAUACACAUUGGAACAAAACUAAUCUGUUGGCAUUUUUAUAUUUUACUUUCUUAAUGAGGAAUAUAAAAUAUGUUUUAUCUUAAAACAUCUUUUAAAAUAGUUGGUAAACCUUCAUAUUGAUGAAAUUCCAUUUGCUAAUUGAGGGGUGUACAGUUUCUUUUCAAUUUUCUAUAAACAAUGUAUAAUAGCAGUUUUCACAAUUGUAUAUGACUAUUUCCAAAUUGUCUUAUAUAAAAUGAGGAAAUUACAUGGCCUGUGCUUACUUAGUAAACUUCAAAAAUAUCUAUUA